AUGAUUCCUAAUAAUCUCAAGCACUCAGUUUGUGAAAUUACUCUUUAAAAUAACCUAAAUUCUGUAAGUCUUAUUGGGAAUAGCACUGCUAUCUAAGAAGUAUUCAUGAGAAUUGCUGAACAGUUUAAAGCAAUGUUUAGAAGAUAAGCUUUUUUAUAAUGGUAUACAAAUCAAGGAAUGGAUGAAAUGGAAUUUGCAGAAGCAGAGUCAAAUGUGCUAGAUUUAGUUUCUGAAUAUUAAUAAUAUUAAGAUAUGUUUGUUGAUUAAGAAGAAUAAGAAGAAGAGUCUCAAAAUACAUUACAGACAUGUGAUAAAGGCUAAUAUUGA